AUGGCCGGCGAAACUAUAAAUUCGAAAAGUUCAACUGUUUUGGAGACACUGAGAGAAGAUAGUAAGUUUUUUGUAUUGUUUUUUGUACAAACAGUUAUUACGUACACUUUGUAAAUUUUGUUUAAAAAUAUUGCAAAUAACUAGAGCUACAUUUAGAAGUAUCCAGUUCCCUACGGAGCAGUCUGGAAAGUGAAUUUUUGUUUGUCGGUCCGUAAAUUCUGAAGCUUUAGUCUAGUGUAUGCUAGCUCAGAAAGUUGCUCUAAACAUGUGCACACCAACUGGGACGACACCAAACCCACCCUGACCCCCACACCCUUUCACCAGACCCACUAUUCACAACCCCAUCCUCUUCCCUCCACCCCACCUACUGUUUCCAAAUCUUCACCAUUCAAACCAACAUAACUAACCCCACCCAUGUUACACCAUAUCCCCAUUCUACAGUCCCCACCAACAUUCUACCCAUCCUCGUCCAUACCAUCUUUAUUACACCAACCAAAAUAUUCCUGGUAACUCCCCCCAACCUAUCAUUUUCACUCGCACUCUCUCAUUACCAAACUCGCUAUCCCCCCCCCCCUCUCGUCCUGCAUAGUUUCAACGUCACCACUCUACUUCCUCAGUGCUCCCCCAUUAUUGCCUUUCAAUCAUCACCAUGAUUGUCCAAACCCACUCUCAACUACUCCCACCCCACCCAAACUACCCCCACUCUCAACUACCCCCACCCCACCCAGACUAAUCCCAAACACCUAACAUCACAACCCAUUUUCAUCCUUACGAGACUUUACUCAAUAUUUCAGCAACAUUUGAAAAAUUUCUUGAGAAAGAUUUUGAUGCCAAAGGUUAUGCUAACAAUGUGAUUCAAAGUCGUGCAAUUGGAGAAUGUUUGGAAAAGUUGGCAGAUGGCGUACGACUGUUGGAUAAGGAAUUACAUUCUCAGGUAAUUAUCCUUGAUUAUCAAUCAGCUCUAAACUUUCCUAGAGGUCCAGGAAGUCCUGGGAAAACCUGCAAUGUUUGGUAGAGUAAACUGGAAGCACUCUACACAUUAAAAUAUAAAACAACGGUAACUCCGAAAAUAAACAUUUUAAUAUUCUAGCUUUCGACUAAGAUUCGGUCAUCAUCAGGAAUGAUGCUAAGUUACAUUACAUUGAUAUAUAAUAGGUAAUGUAACCUAGCAUCAUUCCUGAUGAUGACUGAAUCUUAGUCGAAAGCUAGAAUAUUAUUAUAUUAAAAUGUUUAUUUUCGGAGUUACCGUUGUUUUAUAUUUUAUUAAAAUACUUAGUGGUUCCCGUAAUUUUCUACACAUUAAUUAUGGUUAAUAUAUUAAUACUUUGUGUUGUUGUUUAGGUUGUAACUAGGCAUGAAGACCUUUUGCAACAAGCAACUGGAAUUGAAACACUUGAAGGUAUUAUAAUUUGACAGAAUCUAGAGAUCUUUCCUAAUGUACCUUGUGAAAACAAGUCAUUUGACUCAUUUCCCUGUAUUUUGCAUACAGCUCAUUAUGACACCAUGUUGAAACAACGCAGUAAAGAAACAUUUUGCUGUUUUUUUAUCAUUCAAUUGCUUUAGGUGUUUUACAAAUGAUGACAUCAAGAAUCACUUCACUACAAUUAUCAAUUGAGAGGUUUGAAAUUAAACCAAAUUUCUUUGUCCAAUUUUAUUUUUCUUAACAAGUGUACUUUGCUAAUUAAUGUGGUUUCCAUGGCAAUUUUUAGGAUCCAUCAACAGAUAAGUGACCCUUAUGAAAAGAUUAGAACGCGAACAUCCCAACUUCGAAGACUACAGGUAUUCAUUCUUACACAGACACUAUUGAUUGAUACACCCCUAGGGCGGAUUUUCAUAUAUUUUAAAGGAGGGGUGGGGAAAUUUCUAGUGGGGUGCAUGCGGCACCACGGAGUGAGCUUCGGCAGGGGGUAGGCGUUAGGGUUAAACACUUUCAUAUAAAAUAGGAGGGGUGAAGCAAAAUUUUGGUGGGGUUGAACACUUUAUAAGAGGGGUUAGAGGGAUUUUAGGGGGUAUAACCCCUCUUAAACCCCCCUCCCCAGUAAAUCCGCCCAUGAUACACCCAGGGCCGUCACUAGGGGGAGUUGGGGGUGUGACACCUCCCAAAGAAACAUCUUGUCAGUAAAAUGAUCAGGAUUAUUAUUUUACUCUGUCUAACACCAGAUUAUUUUACUCUGUCUAAUGCCAGACAAUUUCACAUGUCAAGGGGAGAGUGCUUCCACUCAUUGGGUUAGGGAAAACUUAACUUAGGGAAGUGACAUGUUAAUCCAAUGAGUGGCAGCACUCUCCCCCUGACGAAUAAAAUUGUCUGGCGUUAGACAGAGUAAAAUAACAAAGUAGGGCGCAUCUGGGUGCAUUGCCAUUUAAAGGGUCAACAGGGAGUAUGGGCAGAUAGUCUGAUUAACCCAUUGAGUGGCAGCACUCUCCCCCUGACGAGUAAAAUUGUCUGGCAUUAGACAGAGUAAAAUAACAAAAUAGGCCACAUCUGAGUGCAUUUCCAUGCACUAGCUUAAAGGUUAAACAACUGAUUAGCAGGAACAGCAAAGUAUGCUGCAAAGGCUGAACUUCACUCCUAUAUCCCACUCUACUUAAUUAAUAAAAAUCACGUAUCUCUGUUCAGACGACGUGCGACUUGCUAAGAAGAGUGAUCAGAAUAAGUUAUCUUACAAAACGUCUGGAAAGUCAACUCAAAGGAGGGGUAAAAGAAACUACUAAAGCAGCCCAAAGUCUUAACGAAUUAGGUAUGGUGUGAAUUGAACUGUGUUUUCUGUGAAAUUUUAUGUGUCAUGCAUGAUCUUUUCAUGCAAUGAAAAUUAUCACUAACCAAUCAGAGUUGAUGAAUUUAUUUUUCUGUUACUUUUGUGCGAAAAAAAAUUGCAAAUUGGAAAGUGGGUUUUAAUGUCUGUUGUCAUGUGUUUUUCUUAUAAAGGUUAUUUAAUGGAAGGUGUAGAUUUAAGUGGAAUUGAGGUAUGUUACUUGUGUGAAUUGACGGUAAAGUUAGUGGAGUUUUAGUGUAGUAGUUUACACAUGCUAUCUAGUUGCAAAUUUUGUUGCACUUAACGUUUUCCUUGUGCUUAUCUGCUGUAGGUUUUAGAUAAAGAUAUUGAUUGGAUAAAAAAUGCAAGGAAAGAAGUGACAUCACAAGCUCAAAAUAUGUUAACACAAGGCAUGGAAACACAG